UAUCAUUUUUAGGUUAUUCGAGGAAAAUGUGAGUGGGAAACAGGAACUCUGAAUCUCAUAUAAGUCCUUUCUUUUCCAUUAAAAUUUCUGGUGAAAGUUUUCAAUGAAUUUAAGAAAUUCAGAAUUCAUGCUUGGAGCUGCAAAGUGUCUGAGCACCAAAAUUCCUAGUUUUUUUGUACGCUUGAACUCUCAACAAAGUGCUAAAUACUCCAGUCAUCACAGGCUUGCAGAAGUUGGACGCCUAGAUUCACCCAAAAUUCAAGGAAAAUAUGAUACUGGACAACUGUUUUUACACCGCGUCUUUGGUUAUAGGGGUGUUAUCUUGUUUCCAUGGUUAGCAAGAGUUUAUGAUCGUGAUAUUCCAAAUAAACGAGACAGUUUGUCUGAAAAUGUCGACUCUGGAAGUGUAGGUAAAGAAGUCAAAGGACGAACACAUACUUUUUAUCAAGUGCUCAUAGACUCCAGGGAUGGACCGUACAUUAGGGCACAAACAGAAGCAGUCACAUUUUUAGGCAAUCAAGACAGUAGUCGCAGCCUGUACGCUAUUCCGGGGCUUGAUUAUGUUGCCCAUGAAGAUAUUUUACCGUAUACUUCCCUCGAGAAACAACCACUUCAGCAUGAGCUAUUUGACAAAUUUUUACUUUAUGUUCCUGAAAAAGAUCCUCCUUUUGCGGCCUUGGAAACUUUGAAAGCGUGGCAGAAAAAGAAUCACCCUUGGCUUGAGCUAUCUGAUGUGCACAAAGAAACUACUGAAAGUAUUCGAGUCACAGUAAUACCUUUCUACAUGGGAUGUAGAGAUUCUCAAGCAUCGUCUGUUUACUGGUGGCGGUAUUGUAUUCGUUUGGAAAAUUUAGGUGACUUAACAGUACAAUUAAGAGAGAGGCAUUGGAGGAUAUUUAAUCUCUCAGGAACAUUAGAAACUGUACGUGGAAGAGGCGUAGUUGGCCAGGAGCCCAUUUUAAGUAAAAUGUUACCAGCUUUUCAAUACAGUAGUCAUGUUAGUCUUCAAGCUCCAUCUGGUCACAUGUGGGGUACUUUUAGGAUGGAAAGGGAGGAUGGCUACACAUUCGACUGUCGUAUUCCACCUUUUUCAUUAGAAAGUAAGGCUGAAAGUGGAGAUUCACCUUCAAAUAAUUUCAUGUAACCUGUAAAAAUAUCUUUUGUGAUUUCUCUCCUAUAAAGUUUCACUGAAUGACUGAUGAACCCAUGUGACGUAGGAAGUUCUAUGAAUCAAAAAGAUGUUUGCUGCUAAGAAAUAUAAUGCACAGUCUGUAUUCUCAAUUUUGAAGAAAGCAUAAUUUUCCUUAGCUUAUGCAAAUUUUCAGUCAAAGUCAUGUUUAACUUAUUGCUGAAAGUAAGAACAAAGGACAGCUUCAAAUAAAACACAUGGUUCUCUAGGUAAGUUUUUUAAGAAAGAAGAAAAAAAAACUUUUUCCGAGAAAGAAACACAGUGUAGCUGCACUUGACAACAAUUUCUCCUCUUAAUCUAAGAUAAAAUAAAAGAAACCACUUGCAAGUGAUGUCUUUAAGUUUCACAGUUUGCGAGAUGACAGGUCAAAACUUGUCAAUUUAAAGUUUUCUUUUUAUUGAAUGUUUUUAAUUUUUUUGUAUGAAAGUAUAAAAUAUUUUUAUGCGUAGGAGUAGCCAUCCCAGUCAAGUCAAUGAAGAUUUUGUUAGGAAGAAUUUUCAGUUUUUCUAUGUCCUUUCCUGAUUUCUUCAAUUCAUCCAGUGAUUAGAGCAGGUAUAACUGUGAACCGUCUACAUUAGUGGAUCAAUCCUUCAGUAUCCUGUCUCAUUUGUUGUUUAUUAAGUAGUAAUAAUAUUUCUGCAAAAAUGUUGUGUUCUUGUAUAUAUUUUCCUCUUUCUUUUAUAACAAAACUGAACCCCUAAAUAAAAAAAUUUACUAAAUUAA